AUGGCGGGGGCGGGGGCGGCGGCGCCGCCGCCGCUGCGAAUCCCUGCGUUUGGGGGGCUCUCCUUCGUGUUGCUUCUCUUUCUCCUGCUGCUGCUACUGCAGCAGCAGCAUCCCUGGGCGGCGAUGGCGGAGGCGGAGGCGGAGGACAAAGUGUGCCUCUCCAGUCUGUACAGGUCCUUGAAGGAUAAGAAGAAAAGCCUGGGGAACUGGACGGGGCCCAACUUCGCCUCCCCCUGCAACGGGUUCACCUCCUACCUCGAGGGGGCCACCUGCAACAACGGCCGCGUCUACAAGCUCUCGCUGCCCAAUCUCUCCUUGAGCGGCGGCAUCUCCCCUUUCCUGGGCAACUGCACCAACCUGCAGACGCUCGACCUGUCCUCCAACGAGCUCGAGGGGCCCAUCCCACCCGACCUGCGGUUCCUCGUCAAUCUCGCCGUCCUCAACCUCUCCGGCAACCUCCUCUCCGGCAGCAUCCCCCUGCAGCUCUCCCUCUGCGCCUACCUCAACGUCAUCGACCUCCACGGGAACCUCCUCUCCGGCCAAAUCCCUGAGCAGCUGGGCCUCCUUGUGCGCCUCUCCACCUUCGACGUCAGCUACAACCGGCUGGAGGGCCCCAUCCCCGUCCUCCUCACCAACGUCUCCGGCACGGGUCUCCCACGCUUCAACGCCAGCUCCUUCGCCGGCAAUCCGGGCCUGCACGGGUUCCCGCUGCCGCCGUCGCGAGGGCGGGGCCUGUCUGUGCUGGCCAUCGUCGGAAUCGGCCUCGGCAGCGGCCUCGUCAGCCUACUGCUCAGCUUCACCGCCGUCUGCAUCUGGCUGAGGGUCACGGAGGAGAAGGGGGUGAUUUCCGGGGAGGAGGGCAAGAGUUCCCAGCUCAUGCCCCACUACUGA